CCAAACAUCGUCAUCCACAGGGCCACAUCGCCGACGCAAGACGAGAGGCUCAGCAUCAGGGACCCUGGCCAGCGCUAGAAACAAUUUUAAUUCUUCUAGAAGUCGAGAUGACCCUCAUUUUGCCUUUUGCGGGCAGCAUAAUCCAGCUUUUAAUUGCUUGGGUGCGCCGAAACGCGUUUCGUUCAUGCGCAUCCCGGUUAUUUUGCUCAAUGCCCACCCCAUCCCCAUCCUCACCAAUGUCAACGGCCCACCAUCCACCGAGCGCUCAAUCCUCACGCCCUCACAUGACCCUCUUUGCUCGGUCGUCUCGGCCGCAGUUCGUCACAUUUAUUAGCAAUUGCUUGGAGGGUCUCGCUCGCAUUGAUUCACGCAAUAUCAGCAUAUUCAGAAGACAAGGUUGCCGGCAUCGCGCAUCGGGCGCCACAACCGUAUCUGGACAAGUAUUUCUGGCUUUCUUCGAGGCACGCGCUGGACGUGACGGUAUAGCCGCGGAUUGGUCUGUUGAUGCGCAGACUUGGGGAGACGCAGUUUGCUGCCCCGGCAAACAACUGAGCCCCGACUUCCAGCACUCGAGCCAAGUGGUAGCCUCAGCAGCCCAUCUCCACCGACGCGUCGCGAUGACACCUCAUCUCAAUGCAUUUUUGGAUAAUGACAAUGAGCCUGGGAGACGGUCACUCCGGUAAUGAUCUGAUUUUGUAACCUCACGUUGCAAUUCCAGUUGUUGCUGUUACCUCCCGUUGCCCCCUCUUUGCUUCACACUCCUCAUUCUGAUGGUGCCGUCGCAACCCCGGGUCUGUUUCACGACAAUUGCACAAGGCCGCCGUGUCCAUUCCGAAUUGACAAGGCUAUCCACAAUAGUUUGAGGACCGCUUCUUAGGGCUAUGUCCCCUGGGUGGUGCCUGGUACUGGUCGGCAAUCUGUCAAACCAGUCUUGGGCUUGGGUGUAACCCGACCCGAACAGCCCUUGCCGCCCCAUGGUGUGGUCGGAUCGCGAUUCUUUAAUUCCUUGUUAUAGCCCACCCCAGUUCAAUAUAGGCCCCUCUCAGCGGAGACAUCAGCAGCCCGACCAUUGAGAGGCUUGGGCCCAGCA